GUUUUGAAAAUACUGGACCGGCACCAAAUGUGAGGUCAACUGUAUUACAUAAUAAUUGGUUAAAAAACAACAAUACAGAGUCAAAGUCCCCUUCAAUCUCUCAAAACGCAGCUAAUGUGCAAGAUUUGGCUAAACUUCAACAAGGUAAAACACAAGUUAGAGACAAUAGUGAAGCUGUGUUGAUUUUUAACACUGAAAACAGAGAAGAGGAUACAAACAUACAGCAAAGUGAAGGAUCUAAUUCACCUACUGGCAAAAAAGAACGCAAAACAUUUAGUUUGGGAACAGCUGAUAAAGUGGAUAAGAAGAAAAAGGGCCAAACGCACCCACCUUGAAGAAGAAAGAGUUAUUUAAGGAACCAGGAACAACACAAUUCACAAACUCAACAGUUUCUUUUACAGACACACGCCACAGAGACAGUACAAAAAACAAUGGUUCAGUGACAAAUGCACAUGUUGAAAUGCCUAAAAACGUCAGUCGGGACACACCCAUUAGUUUUGAAAGUAUAGGAGCAACAAAAGAACUGGAACAUAUUAAGCUUAAUAAAGACAGAGUAGAUGAAAUCCCUGGAGAUGUAUUAUCUAACCCAAACACUGUGGACACAGCCAAUAGUUAUAGUGGAGGGAAGUUUGCAAUACCAGUUGUUUUGGAAACGCUUACAAAUACUGAAGAAAUCAAGGGCUCAAAACUUUUCUCACUUAGCCCUGAGGACACAGCUGAGGGAUUUAAAUCCCAUGCAGUCAGCGAUGAGGUAACAGAGAGAGAGAAAGCAGAAAACAAAGUCCACAGCACCUGCCUUGGUAAUUGUAACACUACAUCAACUCCACACUCACAACCCAGUACAAGCCAGACCAGGACUCCAUUGGCAUAUGGAAGAGAAAAAGGACCUGCUCAAGACUGCGCUGAUCACAUUACAAAAUCUCAAAGGAAUGGUGUAUACAGAGUAACGCCGCAACCAAAAAACACAUUUCCUGUUUUCUGCGACAUGGCGUCCUCGGGUGGAGGUUGGAUGAUUCAACAUCGCUUUGAUGGUAGCACAAGUUUUAAUCGCACAUGGGACGAGUACAAGAAUGGAUUUGGGAAACUAAUAGGAGAGUUCUGGCUUGGCAAUGACAAGAUUCACUUGCUGACAAAGGCGAAAAACAUGUCCUUGCGAAUUGAAAUCGAAGAUUUCGAAGGGAUCAGAGAAUACGCCCAAUAUGACCACUUCUACGUAGCAAAUGAGAGCCAACAAUACCGCCUGUCCAUAGAUGGCUACUCGGGUACAGCUGGCAAUGCCAUGCAAUUUAGCAAAAAGUACAACCAUGACCAGAAGUUCUUCACCACUCCGGACAGAGACAAUGACCAGUAUCCCUCAGGAAACUGUGGAGCCUAUUACAGCUCAGGCUGGUGGUUUGAUGCAUGCAUGUCUGCAAACUUAAAUGGGAAAUAUUAUCAAUCAAAGUACAAAGGGGUACGUAAUGGAAUAUUUUGGGGUACGUGGCACAACAUUAACAUGGAAUACCCAACUAAUGAAAGACAAUCUUUUAGGACUGUUAGAAUGAUGAUUAGACCAAAAAACUACUCCAACUAAUACUAAUACCAAACAGAACUAAAUUAAGCUGUCUUUUGAAUUCAUAAACUGCUGCAUUAAUACCAGAUUUCAGUGUGGUGUCAGAAAAUUGGUUUAGUAACUAUGUUGUUUAAUAAACUGUAAACAUAAGCAUUGAUUUACAAAACUUAGCACUUUUGUGAUGCUUUGAAAAUAAUGUAGUGCAUAAGCAAUGAAAAUAUGCCAUUUACAGGUUCAGCUGUUAUUUUGUAUAUUGUAUUUUUGUAAGUCUGGGGCAAUCCAUGGCUGUUUACACGGAU